AAGAAACAUCAAAAUGUUGGUCUCCUCAACAAGGCAUGUACUAAGCAUUUGUGUCCUCCUGUCUUUGGUUUUAUCUUUCUGUCAGGGGAGGGUAGACCCAAAUUUCCGGAUUAGAGCAGUUAAUCUAGGAGGUUGGCUUGUGACAGAAGGUUGGAUUAAACCUACUCUUUUUGAUGGCAUCUUGAACAAGGACUUUUUGGAUGGAACUGCGCUUCAGUUCAAGUCAGUAACAACCGGAAAAUAUCUUUGCGCCGAGCUAGGAGGAGGAAGUAUCAUAGUUGCCAACCGGACUGCUGCUUCUGGCUGGGAAACCUUUAGAUUGUGGAGGAUCAAUGGCACAGCUCUUAACUUUAGGGUCUUUGAGAAGCAAUUCGUUGGACUAGACGCAAAUGGAAAUGGGAUUGACAUGGUAGCUGUUUCAAAAACUCCUGGAAAUUCGGAGACCUUCGAGAUUGUGAGGGACUCCAAUGAAAAGAACCGGGUUCGAAUCAAAGCACCAAAUGGGUACUACUUACAGGCGAAAACAGAAGAGCUGGUGACAGCUGAUUCGCAAGGGGGUAAUGGGUGGGGAGAUGAUGAUCCAUCAGUAUUUGUGAUGCAGAUGACCGGACGGCUUGAGGGCGAGUUUCAAGUAACUAAUGGCUAUGGCCCGGACAGAGCCCCACAAGUCAUGAGGGACCACUGGAGAACAUUCAUUGUGGAAGAAGACUUCAAAUUUAUAUCACAAAAUGGACUUAAUGCCGUGAGAAUACCAGUUGGUUGGUGGAUAGCCAGCGAUCCAAUGCCACCCCCGCCUUACGUUGGGGGCUCCUUGCAAGCAUUAGACCAUGCCUUCUUAUGGGCAGAGAAAUAUGGAUUAAAAGUAAUAAUUGAUCUACAUGCUGCACCUGGUUCACAAAAUGGCUGGGAGCACAGCGGUUCCAGAGAUGGCUCCCAGGAAUGGGGCGAAUCAGAUGAAAACAUACACCAAACGGUUGCUGUUAUAGAAUUCUUAACAGCCAGAUAUGCAAAGAGCCCAAGCCUUUAUGCAGUGGAGCUGAUCAACGAGCCUCUCUCCCCAGGAGCAACACUGGAGAGCGUGACCAAAUACUACAAAGCCGGUUACGCCGCCGUUCGUCGGCACUCUUUGACAGCUUUUGUAGUGUUGUCGAAUAGGCUAGGACCGAUGGAGCCAAGGGAGCUAUUCCCAAUGGCCAGUGGGUUAAGGGGAUCCGUUAUCGAUGUGCAUUACUACAAUCUUUUCCAGGACAUGUUCAACAACUUGACGGUCCAACAGAACAUUGAUUUUAUCUACACCAACCGGUCCUCGCAGCUGAAUCAUAUUACUACAUCUAAUGGUCCUCUCACUUUUGUUGGUGAAUGGGUGGCUGAGUUGAACGUUAGUGAAGCCACAAAAGGGGAUUACCAAAGGUUCGCCAAGGCCCAAUUAGAGGUUUACGGGAGGGCGACUUUUGGUUGGGCUUACUGGACUCUGAGGAACGUCAACAGACAUUGGAGCCUCGAGUGGAUGAUCAACAAUGGCUAUAUCAAGCUUUAGUUAGCCCUCUAGCAAGUAAACAACGGCUGCAACAUGUCCCCACAAAAAAAGAAAAAAAAAAAGCAAAGAAAAAAAGUUGUAGCAUGGUUGUAGACAAUCCCUAAUACUUUUUUAUUUUUAGAAAAAAAAAAUAAAUUUGGACUUAAAUUCUUUAUCCAAGUCUCACCUCACUUUUAUCA